AUGUACUUUACGGAUCAAGAUUUUGAAGCUCAUGAAAUCCUGAGUCUUAUCUUCUGUGCUCUCUGUGGACUCACUGGAGGCAUCGUAGGUGGUCUCCUUGGAUCAGGUGGUGGAUUUGUUCUUGGUCCUUUGCUUCUUGAGAUUGGUGUCAUCCCACAGGUUGCUAGUGCAACCGCUACAUUUGUAAUGAUGUUUUCUUCCUCCUUAUCCGUAGUUGAGUUCUAUCUCCUCAAGAGGUUCCCAAUACCAUACGGUAAGAUCUAUUUAAAUCACACAAUAGGAGGAAAAGAUUACUGAUGAUGGUUCUUUUGUUUCAUUUGCAGCAUUGUACUUGAUGUCUGUAUCGAUUCUUGCCGGUUUCUGGGGACAGUUCUUUAUAAGGAAGCUUGUGGCUUUCCUGAGAAGAGCGUCCAUCAUUGUCUUUGUCCUCUCAGGGGUCAUUUUUGCCAGCGCUCUCACAAUGGGAGUGAUUGGGAUAGAGAACAGCUUAAAGAUGACACAUAACCAUGAGUUCAUGGGGUUCUUGGGAUUCUGCAGCAGUCAGUAAACCCCCUCUCAUCGAUUUUCUUGAAGAAUAUUUGAAAAAAAAAUUCUAAAAGCGUAUAAUUGUUAAAUAUGAACAGAUUGUAUUGUUGAGUGUACUUGCUUGUAAUCCAAGUCAUUGUGAUCUGUUCUUGGUCAAUACAUCAGUUGACCAAAUCCAGAAAAUAAAGGUU